AUGUAUAGGUGGUCCAACGAUAUUUGCUUAGACGGUGGAAUAAUGAUUGGCAAUAAAUACGUUACAACGAUUGGUCCACCAAAAGGUUUUAUUGGCAAAGCAAUUGCACAACUAAUCAUUGAUCUAAAGUGGUCCUCUUUUCUCAUCCUUUAUAGUAAUCCUAAAGAUUUAAUGGAGAUGAAAGAAUUGCUAAAUGAACGUUCGCUGUCGUAUUCGCUACAAAAAUCGGGUGCUAUUAUUCGGCAAAUGCCGGAAAAUACUGAUGCUUACCACACUUUCCUCGAGGAUAUUCGUGAACUGGGAGAAACAAAUAUCGUAUUCUAUUCAAAGGAUAUCGACUCUAUAACCACAUUUUUUAAACACGCAAAGAGAGCCAAAUUGACUGAAUCACGGUUUGAAUACGUUCUUAUGGAUUUGGAUGUUCACCUACUUGGCGACUUUUUUACGAGUGAAGAAGGAUUUGAAUGCAAUGUUACCAGUUUGCGAAUUAUUAAAACCGAGUCUCCAAUUGAGACUGGAUUAGGUUUGACAAUGGAUGCUGUCAGUGUUAUUGGAACUACAAUUUUAUCGCUAAAAGCAUCUGGCAAUGAAAUAUUAACUUUUCCUCUAUUGUGUGAUGGAGGCUCUGUAUGGAAUGAUGGUGAAAAAUUAAAUUCUGCAAUAAAUAAUGUUUUCCUUGAAUCAGAAAGGUCUGGAAUUUUACAGUUCGAUAAAAAUUAUGAACGCUCUAAAUUGAUGGCAAGUGGAUUUAGAAUAAUGAACGAUGAGUUUACAAUGGUUAGCUACUGUGAAGUUUAUUUCGAAAUAAAUUUUUCUCCAUGUUGA